AUGGAUAUGGUCAAUUGGUUGGAUCAUGGCACAGUCAUGAGCCUAAAGACUUUCAACUGGGCUAGUGCUAAUGCCUGGGCAGGCCAAGUCAUCUCUCGAAAUGAAAAAUUUUACUACUACGCUCCGAUGACCCAUGGCGCAACAGGAGCUAUGGCUAUUGGUGUUGGUAUAAGCGACACAAUUACCGGUCCAUAUGUGGAUGCGCUUGGUCACCCUCUACUGGAGAAUAACGAGAUUGAUCCAACUGUCUUUAUUGAUGAUGACGGCCAGGCAUAUUUAUAUUGGGCUAACCCAGACCUGUGGUAUGUCAAGCUGAACGAGGAUAUGAUUUCAUAUACGGGUAGUCCUGCACAGAUCAACCUUACGGUUGCUGGUUUUGGGGCACGCGAAGGCAGUGAAAAUCGCACAACUUCGUUUGAGGAGGGCCCAUGGGUCUAUAAGCGAAAUGGCAUCUACUAUAACAUCUACGCAGCAGAUUGCUGCGCUGAAAAUAUUCGCUACACAAUCGGUACAGGACCCCUAGGACCUUGGAAUUAUCAGGGUAUUAUCAUGCCGACCCAAGGCUCAAGCUUUACAAAUCAUCCUGGGGUUAUUGAUUAUAAGGGUUAUUCAUAUUUCUUUUACCACGAUGGCGCUCUACCAGGAGGUGGUGGUUUCGACCGAUCUGUGGCUGUUGAGCUCUUUACCUACAACUCAGAUGGUACGAUUCCCGAGAUGAAUAUGACCAAGACGGGCGCUCCACGAAUUGACACCUUGGACCCAUACCAACGCCAGGAGGCAGAGUUGAUCGCUUGGGAAGUUGGCGUUUCAACCGAGGUCUGUAGCGAAGGAGGUCUUGAUGUCUGCAAUAUCAACCAUGGCGAUUACAUUAAAGUCGAAGGCGUCAACUUUGGUGGUGGUAAGGGCGCCAAAUCUGUCGAAUUUCGAGUCUCCUCAGCCACAAGUGGCGGCACAAUCGAAAUGCAUCUCAGUAGUGUGGGCGGCACUCUUCUUGGCGCCUGUACUAUCCCGAGCACUGGGGGAUGGCAGACAUGGACCACGGUGUCCUGUGCUGUCAGUGGUGCUUCGGGAAUUCAGGAUCUGUACUUCGUCUAUACCGGCACUGGCACUGGGUAUCUGUUCAAUGUCAACUGGUGGAGAUUUAGCAAGGGCAAGCCUGGAAAGCCUAGACCAAUCUUCACCUGA